AUGAUGGACGACUCUCAGACAGCUUUUGCGACCCAGUACCCAUCUUACGGUUUUGACCUCGACAUGAUGAAGAGGUCUAUGGAUACAGUCGGCGGCCCUGAUGCCAAAAAAGCCCGUUGGUCCCCCACUUCAUUCACCAGCAAUGGUGCCAACGGUCUCUCCGCGACCCGGGAAGCUUUCCCCAACUACGGAUACGGCCCCCAGGCAAAUAUUUCUCAAGGUUACAACGGCUCUCCCCCGGCUUCGUUCGCCGCCAACGCCCUUUACUCCACGUCCCUCAACACCCCGACCAACGGGAAUGGCAUGUCUCAGCAAAUGAGCCCAAACACUGCCAUUGCAUUUGCUCAGCAGCAACAGCAACACCAGCAGCAGCAACAGCAGAACGGUGGAGGCUACGGUGGAUUCAACGGAUAUAACAUGCUUGGAAUCGGUCUUCCGGCUAUGCUCGGUGUCGGUGGGUUUCCUUACAACAAUCAAGUCGGAAACUUCACGCAGGGCUUCAACCCACAGCGCGUACCGACAUUGACCCUAUCUACGCAAGGUGGGAACUACCCUGGCAGUGCUCUGAGUGCGGCUUUGAGUGCAACCACGAACGCGACCGGCCGCACAGUGUAUGUCGGCAAUCUCCCCUCGACAGCCUCCGUCGAUGAAUUAUUGAACCUCGUCCACUUCGGUCCACUCGAGUCUAUCCGCGUUCUCCCCGAAAAAUCUUGCGUCUUUCUUUCGUUCCUAGAUGGCUCGACUGCCGCGGCGUUCCAUGCUGAUGCCACGAUCAAAAAACUUGCCCUUCACGGGCAGGAGCUCAAGAUCGGUUGGGGAAAGCCUUCGCCUGUUCCCAGCCAGGUCGCCCUCGCGAUCAGUCAGAGCAACGCAAGCAGGAACGUCUAUCUCGGCGGACUCGAUGACAACACUACGGAGGAGCAGUUGCGUGACGACCUCAGCCGUUUCGGGCUGAUCGACCAAGUCAAGAUCGUGCGCGACAAGAACAUCGGCUUCGUGCACUUCCUCAGCAUCUCCAUCGCUACGAAGGUUGUGAACACUUUGCCGACUGAACCUGCAUGGGCCGGCAAACGUGUCAACUAUGGCAAGGACCGCUGUGCUUACAUUCCUAAAUCUCAGCAGGCCGCUGCUCAAGCCGCUCAAGCCGCUGCCGCUCAAUCGCUCGUUGCGCAGUCUGCAGCGCUCUCUCCUAUCAACACGAGCCAGCCGUUCUCGCCGUUCUCUCCGUAUUCGCCGUUCACCCCGGAUGCCAUGGGAGUCGCAGGAAACCAGGGGCUCAACAGGACCGUAUACUUGGGUAACAUUCACCCCGAGACGACCACUGAGGACCUUUGCAACGCCAUUCGCGGCGGCGUUUUGCAGAGCAUCCGCUACAUGCAGGACAAGCACAUCGCUUUCGUCACGUUCAUCGACCCGGCCGCGGCGUUCACGUUCUUCCAAGUCGCGUCUUACCAGGGGCUUACACUGAACAAUCGGCGUCUGAAAAUUGGAUGGGGUAAGAAUUCUGGUCCCUUACCUCCCGCGCUCGCGCUCGCGGUGCACUCCGGUGCGACGAGGAACGUCUACAUCGGCAAUAUUGAAGACUUCGAGUCUUUCAACGAGGACCGACUCAAGAGAGACUUCGGGGAAUAUGGCGACAUCGAGCUUGUCAACUUCCUGAAGGAAAAGAACUGCGCGUUCGUGAACUUCACCAACAUCUCUAACGCGAUCAAGGCCAUCGACGGUGUGAAGAACAAGCCCGACUACGCGAACCUGCGUAUCGCACAUGGCAAGGACAGGUGCGCUAAUCCGCCCAGAUCGGGCCCUCAAGGCGGCUCGAGCGCGCGGCGGUCGGCUAGCGGCAAUGGACCUGCGUCUGCAGGGCCAGUGGCGAGCGAGGAGGGAGACGUCAAGGUUGAAGGGGACGAGGAGAUGGUGAACGAGGAGACGUUCAUUGCCUCUGACGGUGCGGUUGAGUUGGAGGAUGCGGAUGCCAAGGUGGAAGCCUGA